AUGAGCCAAUCUCCUGCUUACACACAGGACGCAAGAUCUUCUAAUCGAGCUCGCUUCGAGCUUGAGCUGGAGUUCGUGCAAGCCCUCGCUAAUCCUUUCUACCUUCACUCGUUGUCUCAGCAAGGCAUCCUCAACCAACCCGCCUUCGUCAAUUACUUAGAAUACCUCCAGUACUGGAAAGCAAAGGACUACGCACGUUUCAUUCUAUAUCCACACGCUCUGCAUCAUCUAGAACUCCUACAGCAUGCUCAAUUUAGAGCAGAGAUCGGGAAGGACGAAUGGAGGGAAUAUUUGAACCAGAAACAAUUCGACCAUUGGAGAACAUGGUAUGAGAGGGGUUCGUCAAAACAACAUGCUAAUUAA